GGAAUGUCCUCGGUACUUCUCAUGCCUUGGGAUCUUUUUUAUGGAUAUUACAUUAUGCCAGAAAGCAUAAUUCAGGAUCUACCAGUGAUCUGCUUUUUAAACUUUUAUAUGUUACCUUUAGACUUUUAUAUUCUUGGCCGUCCACCAGAAGGCACAGGCUUCCCCAGAGAGCAUUGAUUUAAACUUCGCCACGCCGCGCUUCGCAAAGCAAGCAGCCCUCCACCCCACACCUAAUAUCCCGCGCAUAUGUAAUAAAAGGCCAGUCCCGCUUGAAAGGCUCCUCGCCUUUCCUCUGACAAUACCGGUACCGUUAAGAAAGGGGGCAAGAGGUCAAAGAGCUCAGACUAUUCUCAGUUCUUCCAAAGGCCCCGUCUCCCAUUUUGAGAAGGAGGCGCACGUCUCACGCUUCUAUCGAUAACAUGGGUGCGAGUGGAUCUCCCAUCGGAGAUGGCUGCAUCUGAUGGUAAGUUGGAGUUGAUUCGAUCGAAAAAUGCAACCAUGGGUUGCAUCUUGGGAGUUGGUAAAUAGCAUAAGAUAGAGCUUCAAACCUCGAUUUCUUCUUUCUUCACCCACCCACGCUCUUUUCGUCUUUCUUUAAUUCAAUCCUUUUAGUCACUAUUCCGAAUCUUUCAAAAUGAAGACUUCCAGCUCAGUAGUAGCAGCUCUUGCUGCUCAAGCCUGUGGUGUUUUCGCUGAGAGCUGUUACUCUUUCCCUGGCGAUGCAUCAUGGCCCUCUGAAGCAAGUUGGGCAACUCUCAACACCACCACCGGUGGAAAGUUGAUUGCCACCUCGCCAAUUGGAUCGCCUUGUCACGACCCAACCUACGACGAGGCAGCUUGUACGGCUCUUCAGAAUUCAUGGACAGACCCCGGUACACAGUAAGGCCAUUGGAUACUCAGCCAUCAUAUAACAUGUGUACUGACCGAAAUAGCUUGCCAUCUUCGUCUUCCGUUAUGCAAGCUUUCUUCGCAAACCAAAGUUGUGACCCCUUCACCCCACGAGAACAGCCGUGUCUGCUUGGAAACUAUGCCAGAUAUGCAAUCGAUGUUAUAACCGUGGAUGAUAUCAAGGCCAGUUUAAGCUUUGCGCAAGAAAACAAUGUCAGAUUCCUGGUCCGCAAUACCGGGCACGAGUAAGCUUUGAACAAGUCUGCUAGCUGUAUAGAUGCUAACGAGGUUACAGUUUCCUCGGAAGAUCUACUGGCGCUGGGGCCUUAUCCGUCUGGACUCACAACUUGAAGGAUAUUGACUUUAUUUCCGACUACGCCGAUGAGUUCUAUCAAGGAACUGCCGUCAAGGUCGGAGCCGGUGUUUUGGGAUACGAGGCGAUCGAAGCUUCUGCCAAGGUCAAUCAAAGUGAGGGCCUCAAGACACAAGUAUAGCUUCUAUAACUCUGUUAACAAAAACACCAGUUAUUUUGUCGGGAGAGUGCAGCACUGUCGGGCUUGCUGGAGGUAAGUUUACAAUAAACCUAAUAUUCAAUGAAAGCCACUUGCUCACAAAAGGUUCCAGGAUACACUGCCGGCGGGGGGCAUUCUGCUUUAUCUACCAACUUUGGUCUCGCUGCAGACCAAACACUCAGCUUUGAGGUAGUCACCGCUGCAGGUGAUCUCGUCACUGCUUCUCGUACCGAGAACUCUGAUCUUUACUGGGCAAUGAGUGGUGGUGGUGUCGGUUAUGGAAUUGUAGUUUCACUUACCGUCAAAACCUAUCCUGAUGCCCCAGUGGGAGGCGGUACUCUUCAGUUCACUUCCUCGUAUACGACUCCGGACAAGUUCUACGAAGCUAUCUCUACUUUCCAUGAACUUCUCCCAGCAAUCAUUGACAACGGUACUAUGGUUGUCUUCUACUUCAGCAGUGCCUUCUUUGUCAUCAACCCAAUCACCGCUUACAACCAAACUUCCGCCCAAAUUGAAGCCAUUCUCGCGCCAUUUGUUGCCAAAUUAACGGAGCUCGCCAUCCCCUACAGCCACUCUUACUCCGAAUCUCCAUCAUACAGAGAACACUACAACACCUACAUGGGCCCUCUCCCAAACGGAAACAUCCUCGUCGAGGAAUACCAAUUUGCCAGUCGUCUCAUUCCUCGUGACGUUAUCGAGACCAACAAUGCUCAAGUUCAGGUUGCCCUCCGCAAUAUUACCGAGCAUGGUGUUUUGCUCCUCGGUGUUGCCACUGAUGUCUCGUCUCCAGGAAACGUUGACAACGCCGUCCUCCCAGCAUGGAGAAAUGCCCUUGUUCACGCCACAUUGACCAUGUCAUGGAACUCUUCUGCCACAGCUUGGGAGGCCAUGAUUGCUGACCAAGUUGCUUUGACCAACCAUCUCACUCCUCAACUUACUGCCUUGACCCCAGGAAGUGGAUCAUACAUGAACGAAGCCGAUUUCAACCAGCCAGAUUUCCAGGAUGCUUUCUUUGGCGCCAACUAUGAUGCUCUGCUCAAGAUUAAGCAGAAGUGGGAUCCAAACUCGGUUUUCUACGCCGUUGCCACUGUCGGCAGUGAGAUUUGGAGCUUCACUAAGGAGGGACGUAUGUGCAGAUCUUAAGAUUGCCCUGUCUGUGUGAUGAAAACAAUAACCCGCUUGUAAUGUUGUAUGAUGACGCAUUAUUUAGUAUACAAGACGAUUACAAUGUAU